UUCUGCAGGACACAGAAGAAAGUGACUGACAAACUGCCAAUAUAAGUGGAACUGUCUUUAAAAUUUUCUGAUUCAUGAAAAAGUCUGCCAAAUACUAUGGGUUUGUAGGCUGAAGGUCUGGGCGGCCGAGAAACAAACAAGUGGUCUCCGCCUACAAGCUUACCUGCCUCUUUCCCUUGUUUUCUAUUAAUAGAAAACAGAAUACAUUCGUGUUCACAGAUAUGUCCCAGGCAAGCAAAACACACCUUGAUGAACUCCAGAUAAAACGUCUGGAGGAGAUGUGUAUUGUCAUUGACAAGCAGGAUCAGAUUAUUGGAGCUGAAACCAAGAGAAACUGUCACCUAAUGGAAAACAUUGAGAAGGGCCUGUUACACCGAGGCUUCAGCGUCGUCCUCUUCAACACCAAAAACCAGCUCUUGGUCCAGCAGAGAGCAGAUGCCAAGUACACAUUUCCCGGACAUUUUACAGACUCCUGUUCUAGUCACCCUUUAUACGUGCCCGAUGAGCUGGAAGAGAAUGCCUUGGGAGUGAGGAGAGCAGCCCUGAGACGCCUGCAGGCUGAGCUGGGCAUCCCUCAGGAGCAGAUUUGCAUAAAGGACAUAAUUUUUAUGAACCGAAUCUACCACAAGAGUCCUUCUGAUGACAUCUGGGGAGACCAUGAGAAUGGCUAUCUUCUGCUGGUGAGGAAAGACCUUGUGCUGAACCCAGACGCCAGGGAAGUAAGAAGCUACUGCUACAUGAGCCUGGAGGACCUGCAGGAGCUCCUGGACAGGGGAGCCCUUGGAGAAGUGAAGAUCACCCCGUGGUUUAGAACCAUCAUAGAAGGCUUCCUGUUCCCUUGGUGGCCUUCUUUAGAGGAUGUGUCUCCAUUCAUUGAGCCUGACAAGAUAUAUGGACUGUGAGCAAUAUGGAAAAGUAAUGUUCACAGCAGGGACUGGGGUUGAGAUGAUGCGGCAGUUGAGAGCACUUGGAGAGAACCGGAGUCCCAUUCCCAGCAUCCGCAUGGUGACUCAUGCUAUCCGUAACUUCAGCUACAGAGGACCUUACACUCUUACAACAUUUGUAGGUACCUGGCAUGCACAAUGUGCUGUAUGUACAGACAGAAGCAAAUAACUCAGACACAUAAAAACUUAAACACACAUAAAAAAAAAAAAAGUAGGGUCCAUCACUAAUCCGUGGUUAGAAUGGCAUGGGCUACAGAAAGUAAGCUCUAAUAUUCUUCCAUCGUUAAUUUGCUUCCUUUUCCUCUCCACCUCUUAAGAAUUGUCAGCUGACACCUAUGGAAAUUGUCACUUUUCUCUUAACCCCCCACCCGGUGGUUUCAUGCUCCUCCCUCUGGAGUCCUGCUCACUUCUCACCAUGUCCAGUGCUCUACAGGUGACCUCUGCACCUGGCGAUUACAAGCAUAUGGUGUACGAGAGUUAAUAUGGAAAACAAAGGACUUGGUUAGUUUUCAUUGGGGCCACAAAUUUUACAGGGACGAUCUGUGGAGCCGAUGAGCAUGAUCAGUUAGUUACUUCCUGCUGUAUUUUUACCCCAGUCAGUGCUGAACCCCAGCACAAAACGUGUCUUGUACAUAUAAAAUAAUGACAAAAAUCAAAGUUUAAUGUCCCUUAGUAUAGAUCAAGGAGUUAAUUUGUAUGGUAAAAUGUUAUUAUGGAUAUACUUAUUAAUAAUGACCAAAACUUGUAAUCUUUACUAUGCAAAUUUUAUUAAAAGAUUCAGUCAUCAGAAAAUUUGGAAAACAAAAAUCUACCUUACUGAUUUCUCAUUAUUUGCAUAAUGAAGAACUUCUAUUCCACUGCUUCUCAAACUCUUUGCUAUCUGUAGUUGUACUAGAUAAUCUUUUCUUUUUUUUCUAAGAUAGUCUCACUAUGUACCCCUGGCUGUCCUAAAA